AUGCCUUUCAACUUACCUUUGACAAUUGGAUUUAAUAUUAUUAAACUUACCCGUGAAGAUGGAAGAAAAGGAUUUAGAGGCAGGUGGAAAACGUUCUUUAAAACGAUCAGGGGAAAAAGUCCUCAGUACACAGAUGAAGAAUCACAUCAUCAAGAUGAUGAUCAAAAUAGAGAAUCAAAUCAAAUAUAUGAUCGUUACCAUCGAUACGAAGAAAUAUCAAGAUUAUUGGCACUAAUAGUUGCUUUCAUGACAAUGCUAUGGGAAAAUAUUCAUGCCUCUACAAAAUUACCUACAUGUGGAUUUAUUAUAACUGAUUGGAAAAAUGUUGAUUAUACUAACUGUGUUGAAUUUGAACCUGCUGUUGGGUGGUUUCUUAUUAUAGUAUAUACAUCAAUUUGUGUAGCAACAUUCGUAGGAAUAUUUGUAAUGCGUGGUUAUCUCAUCUGAGCAUUGGG